AUGCUAGGCGAGGAGUCAAAAUCGGCAGACUACUGGAAGGAGUGCGGAGACGCUGCCCUGGCUAAUGGAAUUGAGCGCAUCAACAUCAUGGGAGCUCACUGGGCCGCGACCGGGGAUGAGAUCCAAGUAGCUACAAACCCGAAUCCGACGAAAGCGCCCAUUGGCGGGGUGCAUCCCCGGAAAUAUGUCGACUACAAGCUGGUCCCUGACUUGAAUAUGGCCUUGAGGGUGAUCGACACUCUAAGAAAGGAAGGCUUCAAUUGCAACCCGAAUCCCGACUUCCAGUGGAUCCACGACGUGUACUUACUCUUGAUCUGCGCAUUCCCCAACGGCUGCCCGCCAACAACUAUUAUCAGCAUGAAUGCACGAUUCGAUCCCCACUACCACAUGCGGGUCGGUGCUUCUCUACGCUACCUGCGUCGGGAGAAGAACGUUCUUUUCAUUGGUUCCGGAGGCGCCGUCCACAAUCUGUACCGCAACGUAUGGAAACCGCUAUUGCGCUACGCUGAUAACUUCGCCAUGGAGACUCCUCCUGGCAACUGGGCUCUAGACUUCCGUCAGGAGUUUGAGGACUGCGUCACAAAAAACAGUGGCCCAGCGUUGCGCAAGGCGAUGGCUAUGCUAAUGAAGCUUCCCAUAUACCGGGACGCACAUGCCACUGAUGACCACUUCAUGAGUGCGAUGUUCGUUGCGGGCCUUGUAGGCUCAGAUGAAGACUGCGGAACCCCCGUGGUGCUAGGGGCGGAGGAUUGGGAGCUCACCAAUAUGUCGAAGAAGGUUUCGUUGGAGACAGGGCCUGCGAAGUUGGAGAAGAGCAAGCACAAUUAUCUCUAA